AAUUUUUCUGAUCGGUUUAAAGAGAGGAUUUUUCGGAGAUGGGUUUGUUGGAAUCGGUGAAAUCAAUCAACUGGGAACAUGAAUCAUCUCCGGUUUAUCAGGAUUUUCGAGUUCUUCCUCUCUUUGCAGUGUUCUUCCCUACAAUUCGAUUUCUCCUCGAUAGAUUCGUCUUCGAGAAAUUGGCAAAACAUUUGAUCUAUGGAAAACAUAGGCAGGAUAUGGGAGAUGACACAACCGAGAGAAAUAAGAAGAUCAGAAAAUUCAAAGAAUCGGCCUGGAAGUGUGUUUACUAUCUAUCAGCUGAGAUUCUUGCUCUGUCUGUGACUUACAAUGAGCCUUGGUUUAUGAACACUAAAUACUUUUGGGUAGGUCCUGGAGAUCAGACUUGGCCUGAUCAACAAACGAAGUUAAAGUUGAAGCUUUUGUAUAUGUUUGUGGCUGGUUUCUAUACAUACUCCAUCUUUGCUCUGAUUUUCUGGGAAACGAGGCGUUCUGAUUUUGGAGUUUCAAUGGGUCAUCAUAUUGCCACUCUUAUUCUUAUUGUCCUCUCAUACGUAUGUAGCUUCUCCCGCGUUGGUUCUGUUGUUCUGGCACUUCACGAUGCUAGUGAUGUGUUUCUUGAAGUUGGGAAAAUGUCUAAAUAUAGUGGAGCUGAAAGAAUCGCAAGCUUUUCAUUCAUUCUUUUCGUUUUGUCUUGGAUCAUUCUCCGCCUCAUUUACUAUCCCUUUUGGAUACUAUGGAGCACAAGCUAUGAAGUAGUUUUGGAGCUGGAUAAAGACAAGCACCCAAUCGAAGGACCAAUUUACUACUACAUGUUUAACACUCUCCUAUAUUGCUUGCUUGUUCUUCACAUUUAUUGGUGGGUUUUGAUGUAUCGGAUGCUUGUGAAACAAAUACAAGAUAGAGGCAAGCUUAGUGAAGAUGUCAGAUCCGAUUCUGAAGGCGAAGAAGAUGAGCACGAAGACUGAUUGAUCACAAAGGUAGAAGAAACUUUUGUCUGGUUAAUAUGAAAUGUAAAAGCACGGUCUUCUUUCUUAACAUUAUCGCAGAUUCUUUAGUUCUGUGUCUGUGAUUCUGAUCGCUAAUUGGUGUUUAAGAGUGGAGACUGACUGAGUCUCCAAUCUCCAACAUUGGACCAACUCAUGGAACAGAACUGAUUAAGGAGACCUGAAAUUGUAGUUGUAUUGAAUUGUAGUCUGAACAAAUUCCAAAUCUUCUU